AUGUUCCAAGAUAUUAAUGUAAAAUUCGAAACUGAUGUUUCGCUAUACAAUGACAACACUGAUCUGAACAAUAACAAUAACAAUAAUAUUAUUAAUAACAAAGCCAAAAAUAAAAAUAAAAAUGAAAAUACUAUUAACAACAUGAGUCUUAUCAAUGAUGAUAACUCAAUCUCAAACAGGAAGAAAAGAAAAUAUGGGUGUGUUGAUAAUAGUUCUAUUCAACCAACUACAUUGGUUAAAACUUCUGUAAAUAUAGAUUCAAAUUUUUUAUCGAAUAGAUUAUCACAAGCCUGUGACAGAUGUAGAUUGAAAAAAAUUAAAUGUGAUGGUUUAAAACCAAAUUGUUCUCAAUGUUUAAAAGUAAACUUCAUUUGUAAAACAAGUGACAAAUUAACUAGACGUGGCUUCCCAAGAGGUUACACCGAAAUGUUAGAAAAAGAAGUUGUAUUAUUACAAAAAAAAUUAAAAUUAUUCGAAGAAAAUCAUUCAAAUAUGAAAAUAGAUAUUCAAACAACCACUGAUGGUAGUAACAUUAUUAGCACAAAUUGUAGUUCUAGCGGUAACGAAAAUGAUAUUGAAAAUUCUGAAACUGAUAUUAUUACAAAAAAUAAAACAUCAAAUACAACCAACCUAUGGACAGUUAUCAAUCAAAAUAUAAAAUCUAAUAAUAAAAUAAUGUUAAAUUCAACCGUUGUGAUAAACAAUAAUAACAAAAACAAUAAUUAUUUAUCAAACAAUUUCCAAUUAACUUUAUUAUCAACAAAUUUACAAUUAAAUUCACAAUUUAAUUAUUUACCCAACUUCCUAAUAAAUAAAUAUAACAUGGAUGUUGCACGGAUAAAUAAUUUGAUCAUUAAAUCAAUUAAUAACUUUCUCAAUCUACAAAAUUCUUUAAUACCUAUUUUAUACCCUUCAACUUCAUGGGAACAAUCAUUGAAAAAAUGUUUAAAAUCAUCCAAUUCAUUGCAAACUUCUUCAAUAGAUAUUUUAGUCAUUUGUUUUAUAAUUCAAUUAAAUUGGUCAUGUUUUGAUAAUUUUAAAUUAUUUCAAUUAACUAAAUUUAUUUGUUUAAAUUCUUCAAUUGACAAUGACACUAAUUCAACCAAUGAAAAUAAUAAAUCUUUAAAGAAUCAAAAAUUAAAGAUUUUACAAUUAUUGAAUUUAUCAAUUUACUAUUUUAUGACCAUUUCAACUGACGAUUCAUCAAUAAAUUUAAAACAAUUGUUUCAAUUAACAACAGAAUUCAUUUAUAAAAAUUUAAAUUUACCAACUUUCAAAAUUCAAAAUAAAAUCAUUCAUUUAUCUUGUUUUAGAUUUUUGAAAAAUUUAUGGUCAAUUAUAAAUAAUAUAGAUGAAAAAUAUCUGUGGUCAGAAAAUUUUGGUAAUAAAAAUUCAUAUUCAAAAUUCUUAAAAGAUGUUGAUUUAGAGAUAGAAUUUGAAGAAGACUGUUUCUUAAAUUCAAAAAAUAAUAAAGAUUUAUCACAAUUCAUAAUCUUAUCAAAAUUCGUAAAGACUAUUAAAAAGGAUUCUAAUUCAAAUAAUAUAGAAAAUUUGAAUUAUCAAUUGGAAAAUUUUAAGGAUAUUCUUUUGAAAGGUAAUAUGUUUUUCAAUAACAAUGAGAAUUAUUUAAAUAAUUCAUUGACGAAAAAGGAUUCAAUUAACUUACAAUUAUCAUUAUAUUCAUUGAUUCUAUCAUUUUUUAAAAAAUUUGAUAAUAAACAUUUACCGUCAUUAGAUAAUAUUUUCAUUAAUGACACUAAUUACGUGGAGUCUGGUUUCCAAAUAUUAUUAACAUAUUAUAAUCUAUUAGUUGAUAAUAAUUUGACUAUAAAGGAGCAACCACAACAGUUCCAAUUAUUAUAUUUUUUACCGUUUAAAAACGAUGACAUUAUUAAUAGUUGUUUGUUAUAUUUAAAUUUAUGGUCGAUUUCAAAUUUGAAAAACUUUGAUAAUGAUCUACAGUUGCCAAUAAAUUGGAAUUUUAUGAAAUAUCAAACAUUUUUAAUUAGAUUUUGUUCAUUAUGGUUUUUUGAUGAUUUGAAGAAUCCUUUGUUGUUAGAUUUACAAAAAAAUUUUAGAUUUGAUAUUAAAUUGAAAAAAAUUCCUUACACUUUAGAUUCAUUGCAAUUCAAUAGAUUAGGCUAUUUGCAAUCUAUUUCAAAUUUUAACGACACUAAUAAAUUAAUUAAUAACUCUAAUAUGUCAUUUGUUAUUGGUAGAUCUAAUUUAUUGAAAUCAAAUUCAAAUGCAAUUAUGGAUCAAUUUAAUAUGUUUGCAGAAAUGACUAAUUCACCAUCUAAUAAUUUUUUAAAUGCCACAACAGCAGCAGUCAUAUCAAAUAAUAUUACUGGCGCAAACAAUAAUGUAUUACCAACUGUAUUUGAUUCUCUCUCAUUAAAGUCAUUAUUGCAAACUAGUAGUAAUAAUAAUUUAAUUGAUAUGUCAAAUUAUCAAUCUCAAAUAUUAUUAAACCAAGGAGAAUCAGAUGACGGUUAUGCAGAAGAUGAUGAUGAAGAUGAUGUUCAAGAGGAGCAAAAAUUUGAGGAUAAUAAGCCUUUAGAAAUACCAUUUAAUACGAAAAGACAUGAUUCAUUAUUCCAAACAAGAUUUUUUAAACCUCCUUCUCAUAGAAUGAAUUCUGGUAAUUAUUCUAGUAACAAUGAAGAGACCACAGUAACGAAAAAGGGUAAAAACAAGAUUGAUGUUAAUGAAAAUUCUAAUAAGGUUGACCAUAUUAUUUUAACAGAGUCCAUCUCUAGAAGGUCAUCUAGUAGUUAUUUGAAUGGCAGCAGUAUCAAAACAGAGAGUCAAAGCCAAACAUUAAGCUAUUAUUCAUUAAAUAAAAGCAAUGAUUCCUCAAUUUUUGAUAAAUUGAAUAACAAUUCUGGUAAUGACAAAAAAGUUUCAUUGUCUACCGACACGGAAGCAAGCAAUGAUAAUAAUCAACCAAUAAUGGGUAUGAAGAAUAAUAACAAUGCCAAUACCAAUACGAACAUGAAUGAAUUACUUGUAGAGACACCAAGAUCAUUUACAGAUAUGUUAUUAUUACAACAACCAUCGCAGUUAAAUCUUUGGAAAACAAAAUCUAACAAUGGUAGUUCACAACAGAUAACAAACAAACCUACAAAUAAGAAUAACACCAUCACUAGUGCAAAUAGUAGUAAUAAUAACAACAAUAACAAUAAUGCAAACAGUUAUACUGGAACGUUAGUUACAAUUCCUUCUUUAUUAAGUGUUGACAAGCUUUACGACCAAUCAUAG